AUGACGACUCCGAAGCCAGUCGAGUGGGUCACCUCUCUCAUCACCCGUUUCGAGGAGCAGUUACCAUGUCGGAGCGGUACGUCGAGUACACAUAGUAAGCAGAAUGUGGAGCAAAUCAUCGAAUGCCUAAUCGCCAUCUCGAAACAUAAGUUUUCUCUCAUCAUCUCAUCGCUGACCAAAAUUCUUCAAAGCAUUGAGCGCUCACACGGAACCCUUCAACCGGAGUUCGAGAAAAACUACUACGAAUCUCAACUUAUAGUGUUGGAUACCCUGGAAAAAUGCUUCACAAGACAGAGCAUCACCGCGGAAAGGACCUUCGACGAGGCGAUCCAUGUAAAAGCUUUACUACGAGAGCUCUGCCAACUUAUGGACAUGCCGGAUUCACCAAUGGUAACACCUUUGAAAGCAUUGGCGUCGAAGGUGCUGAAAGCUCUCUCGCAAAACAACUUCAGCACGGUCUUUUCUCGGAUACAAAGCAAGCUCUCCGAAUUAUCGACUGCCUCAGAGGAGCAAGCCGACUUCUCCGACAUAGAACUGAUACAGCACAUAAAUCUGGAUCUGGUUCGAUUGACGAAGCUCCUGAACGAAAUCUCAUUGAAAAUGAAAACUCCGCGGAAAAACGCCUACGUGUGCUUGAUGAGCAGCUUGGAGAAAGCAAUAUGGAAUUGGCUCGACACUUACCCGGCAGAAUUCAUGGAAUUACAGAAGAGACCAGAUGACGAACUUGCAGAGAUAUGCGAUCGACUUUUCGAACAACUCGAACUAUUCGCCGAAUCAAACAAACGGAAAGCCCAAGCGUGGCCCUUGCAGAUCAUGCUGCUCCUCCUCUGUCCCUCAAUUUUGGAGGAAAUAGUCAACGCAGACGGAGGGGCGCCAUGCAGCCCGAAACAUCAGAAAAAGAAAGCUUUCAUCGACGCAGUGAAAAAGGCUCUACAGCCCCAUGGCGCCUCGAAACAAUUAACAGAAGGAGCCGCAGUAACUUGCGUCAAAUUGUGCAAGGCAUCCACGUACAUCAAUAUAUUGGAUUCAACGAACGUUGUCUUCACAUUAGUGCAAUCUGUUAUGCAGGACUUGAAAAUCCUUUUAUUUAAUCCAUCGAAACCAUUCGUGAGAUCAAGUUCUCAGUCAGCCAUGUGGGCAGACGUCGAAAUGAUGAUCGACUGUUUCGUGUCCUGUUUCCGCAUAAAUCCUCACAACAACGAGGCACUCAAGGUGUGUCUCAAUCAGUCGAACAACGUGAACAUGACCACCUACCACUACGUAUUACUCAGCGCCUUGCACAGAAUCAUCACCCAGCCUCGGCUGCCCUGGUGGCCUCAAAUUGAUGUGCUCUAUUCGAGGGCAACCGACCUUCGCUCUCUUUUUACCGAUACGAUGAGUAAGGUUUCAACCUCCCUUCCGGCGCACACUUCAUUGCGCAUGAUAAGUUCAUUAACUUUGAAAGAGAAAGUGAGUACGCUUAAGUUCAAAGAGAGAGGCGAAGAAACGCUGGGUCACCGGAAUAUCAUGCUACUACUCGUGCGUCUGUGCCGUGCGGAUCCAAUGCUCAUGCUGAGUAAUCCUGGCAAGGCUGGUCAUGAGAUCCAGGCGUCCACAUUGGGGCUCCUCAAUGGCCUGGUUGCCCUAAUGCUGAAUCAGGCUAUACCCGACGUAGCUCAGGAAGCGAUGGAAGCGUCCUUGGUUCUACAUCAUCCCGACAACAUCGAAAUGUGGAACCCAGAGGCACCAAUCAACUCUUUCUGGGAUAUAAGUUCACAGGUGAUAUUUUCAAUUGCGCAAAAACUGGCACAGCACCAAGUGUCGAACUUCGCGGAAAUACUCAAGUGGUUACGAGAAGUCUUGAAGUGCCGAAACGCCUUCCUAAGAAGACACAGAGAGUAUGCCAAUCUAGGGAGUCACGUUGCCAUUUGUAAGCAAUGUCAGAUCAAACAAGAAAUGGUUUGGUUCACCUACUUGUGGUCGAUCGACAUUGAAGCCGUCCUCGUAGCGAUGUCAUGCUUCGCGCUGAGCUGCGAAGAAGCUGACGUAAGAUGCGGACAGGACGAUCUUAGUGUCACUUAUUUAAUGCCCAACUACGUCGUCUACAUGGAGAUUGCGGCAGCAUCACAAGUUCUGUUAACGGGUCGUGCGGCGCUCCAAAAGCGCAUCAUGGCCUUGUUGCGGAAAGUCCAGCACUGUACGCCAGGCUGCCUAUUGGCCUGGGAGGACAGCUUCGUCACCUGGACUUACACAAGCGCCGUUCUAAGCAGCUAUCCAAAAGCCAAGUUGGAUGAAAUCACCAUAGGCGAUAAUGUUCAUCGGGCAGCUAUUAUCAAGAGGCGAGCAUCGCACGCCACCACGGAUCAUGAUUUUGAGGAUCUUAUCAAUGAAUGGGCCAAUAUGACAGGGUUCCUCGCUGCUCUAGGCGGCGUCUGCCUUCAGAGGAAAAACGUCAACAAAAACCAGGCAACAUCAGCGACAUCGAGCACGCAAACGGCCAAAGAUCAGCAGCGCGAGCAGAAUCGGAAAAUGUUGGGGACCAGCUUGGAGGUGAGCUCUACUUAUUGCCCGGUGUUCGAUUUUGUAGGUCAAGUACUGAAGUUGCUGACGUGCACCAACGAAAAAUUCGGCACUCAGAUACAGAAACACGUCAAAGACCUCGUGGCUCACGAGAUGGCGCCCUCACUAUACCCAAUGUUGUUCGAUCAGGUGAAAGCCAACAUCGAUAAGUUUUUCGACUCGCAAGGCCAAGUAGCCGUCAACGACACGAACACGCUUUUCGUAGAACACAUAAUUUUCAUCAUAAAGUCAAUACUCGAAAGACGCGGCGAACAUAAUGCCGAGCACUUGGGUGUCACCUCCAUGGAAUCGCUAAUGCUUGCUAUUGUACGAUACGUGCGGCAUCUCGACACGACCGUGCACGCCAUCCAAAUCAAGACCAAGCUCUGUCAACUGGUCGAGGUGAUGAUGGGACGUCGGGACGACCUGUCGUUCCGACACGAGAUGAAGUUCCGCAACAAAAUGGUCGAAUACCUCACCGAUUGGGUCAUGGGCAACUCGCACCAGAUCGCGCCGCCCGCGAGUGGGGACGUGACCGCCAUGACCCGCGACCUCGACCAGGCGUGCAUGCGGGCGGUGGCCGCACUUCUCCUCGGGCUUCCACUUCAACCGGAGGAAAACGACCGAGGAGACUUAAUGGAAGCAAAAUCCCAACUGUUCCUAAAGUACUUCUCACUAUUCAUGAAUCUCUUGAACGAAUGUACUGAAACCCCAGACGAUUGCAAGGACGGUCUAGGACCCGCGUCGUUACCCUCUGGCACCACAGUAGCAGUUCGUAAUCUUAGAAUGACAGCAGCAGUAUUGACCGAGCUCCGUAGGGUAACCAUUCAAGCUAUGUCAAACCUUCUAAGCGCCAACAUUGACUCGGGCCUGAUGCAUUCGAUCGGGCUCGGCUACCACAAAGAUCUCCAGACUCGCGCUGCCUUCAUGGAGGUGCUCACGAAGAUCCUUCAACAGGGCACCGAAUUCGACAUGCUCGCCGAAACGGUCCUCGCCGACAGAUUCGAGCAGUUGGUGCAACUUGUCACCAUGAUCGGUGACAAAGGCGAACUUCCAAUCGCCAUGGCACUUGCCAGUGUUGUGGUCACUCCUCAGAUGGAUGAAUUAGCCAGGGUAUUCGUUACAUUAUUCGAUGCUAAGCAUUUACUGAGUCCUCUUCUGUGGAACAUGUUCUACAAGGAGGUCGAGUUGUCAGAUUGCAUGACAACAUUAUUCCGUGGGAACUCCCUCGGCAGUAAAAUAAUGGCCUUCUGCUUCAAAAUAUACGGUGCGUCGUACCUCCUCAAUUUGCUGGGACCUCUCAUCACCCCGCUUUUGGAGCCGGCGGCGAACCAGGUUUCGUAUGAAGUAGAUCCAGCGCGUACUGAUCCAUCGGACAAUGUAGAGGAUAAUCGGCUAAAUCUGCUCCAGCUGACGAGUCGUGUCUUCACGGCAAUCAUACAAUCGGCGGAUAGCUUUCCGCCGCAACUGCGCUCCAUGUGUCACUGUUUAUACCAGGUUCUCAAUAAGAGAUUCCCGAACUAUCCACAUAAUCUGUCGGCCGUCGGGACCGUAAUCUAUCUCCGAUUCAUUAAUCCGGCCAUCGUUGCUCCGUACGAGAUGGGCAUCGUCGACCGUCAGCCUUCGUCGCGGACGAAGCGUGGUCUAAUGCUCAUGUCGAAGAUUCUACAAAACAUCGCCAACCAUAUCGAGUUCUCGAAGGAACAGCACAUGGUCCCGUUCAACGACUUCCUACGGGCCAACUUCGAGACCAACCGCCGCUGGGUGAUGCAGAUCACGUCGGACUGUGAGCCCAACGACGCAACUACCCAUGCCAUGCCGUUCAUCAGCGACGCAAACGUACACGCUCUCCACCGCCUGCUCUGGAAUCACCAGGAAAAGAUCGGAGACUACCUGUCCUCGUCCAGGGAUCACAAGGCGGUGGGAAGACGACCCUUCGACAAAAUGGCAACGCUGCUCGCUUACCUGGGCCCUCCGGAACACAAGCCUAUGGACUCGCAGUGGUCGAGCAUGGAUAUGACGUCCACUAAAUUCGAGGAGUUCAUGAAUCGCCACAACGUUCUCGAAAAAGACGAAUACAAAUCCAUCAAGUCUCUGAAUCUAUUCUAUCAGAGCGGGACGAGCAAAGCCGGUCAUCCGGUGUUCUACUACAUCGCUCGCCGUUAUAAAAUCGGUGAAGUCAACGGCGACCUCCUCAUGUAUCACGUAAUUCAAGUCCUCAAACCUUACUGUAAAAAGCCAAUCGAAGUGGUUAUCGAUUUCACGCAUACGUCGGCAGACAACCGUUUCCGUACCGAAUAUCUACAAAAGUGGUUUCUGGUCAUGCCGGACGUCGUGAUGGAAAACGUUCAGGCUGUCUACAUCUACAACUGCAAUUCGUGGGUCCGCGAGUACACCAAGUACCACGAGCGUAUUCUCGCACCGAUCAAGGGUUCGCGGAAACUUCUGUUCGUCGAGUCGCCGUCCCGUCUGAGCGACUUUAUCGACGUCGAACAGCUGCAACUACCCGGUGCGACGCUCAGCUUGGAAGAGGACCUCAAAGUGUUCAAUAACGCCCUCAAACUCAGCCAUAAAGACACCAAGGUCGCGAUCAAAGUUGGGCCGACCGCAAUCCAGGUGACGUCCGCCGAAAAAACCAAAGUCCUCUCGCAUUCCGUUCUGCUGAACGAUGUGUACUACGCGUCGGAGAUCGAAGAAGUCUGCUUGGUCGACGACAACCAAUUCACCCUGACCAUCGCGGACGAAAGUGGGCCUCUAUCUUUUAUACACAACGAUUGCGAUACCAUCGUGCAGGCAAUUAUCCACAUCCGGACCCGUUGGGAGCUCUCCCAGCCCGACUCCGUGACGGUACACACGAAAAUUCGGCCGAAAGACGUCCCUGGCACACUGCUCAACAUGGCCCUGCUGAACCUCGGGUCGGCGGAUCCGAGUCUUCGGACCGCCGCGUACAACCUCAUGUGCGCGCUCACGCAAACUUUCGACCUCAAGAUCGACGGCCAACUACUGGAGACGAACGGGCUCUGCAUUCCGUCGAAUAACACGAUCUUCAUAAAGCAGAUCAGCGAUAAACUCUCCCAGUCUGCGUACCAUCUGACUUUGGAGUUCCUCGAAGAAUGCAUCCAAGGCUUUUCGAACUCUUCAAUCGAGCUGAAACAUCUCUGCCUCGAAUACAUGACGCCGUGGCUACCGAAUCUCACCCGUUUUUGCAAACACACCGACGACCAGAGACGCCAACGGGUGGCCUCGAUCCUGGACAAGCUCAUCACGUUGACAAUUGAGGAAAUUGAAAUGUACCCAAGCAUCCAAGCUAAGAUAUGGGGUAAGAUGGGUCAAGUGUCCGACCUGUUGGACAUGGUGUUAGACAGUUUCAUCAAGCGGAGUGUGACAAGAGGCCUCGGGUCGCUACAAUCAGAAAUUAUGGCCGAUACCGCAGUGGCGUUAGCUUCGGCGAACGUCCAAUUGGUCGCUAUGAAAGUUAUAAGCAGGUUAUGUCGUGUGAUCGAGCGGACAUGCAAUUCACCGACUACCUGUUUAGAACAGCAUCUGAUGUGGAACGACAUCGCCGUUUUGGCAAGAUACCUCCUCAUGUUAUCAUUCAACAACUCGCUGGACGUUGCCAGCCAUCUACCGUAUCUAUUUCACAUAAUCACCUUGUUGGUUCAUACCGGACCCCUGUCUUUACGCGCGUCGAUCCACGGCCUCGUGAUCAACGUUAUUCAUUCGUUGUGCACAUGUUCGAAGCCUUCGUUCAGCGACGGGAAACACAUCCUACGUCUGUCGCUGGACGAGUUCUCUCUGCCAAAGUUCUACCUACUGUUCGGCAUUUCGAAAGUGAAAUCCACAGCAGUCACAGCCUUCCGUAACAACUACCGACAAAAUGAUCUCCACAUCGAUCGGCUCUUUACCAGUAUCGGAAGCGAUUCGGAGAAAAUUCCACUAACAUCGCUCGAAGUCAUCACCGACGCGCUGCUCGAAAUCAUGGAGGCUUGCACCAUGAACGCCCCCGGCUCAGACUGGCUGCAUCAGUGGACGACACUCGCCAAGAGUUUCGCGUUCCGCUACAAUCCAGCCAUACAAUCUCGAGCCCUAAUCGUGUACGGUUGCAUCUGCAAAUCGGUCAGGGACCAGGAAGUCCGACAGUUGCUGCGAAUUCUCGUCAAAGCACUCGAGUCGUUCACGGACAUGCAGCUCAUCGAAUCCAUAAUCAUGUGUCUUACGAGACUGCAACCGCUAAUCCGUGCCGAAUCACCGAUCCACCGAUCAUUGUUCUGGGUGGCGAUUUUUGUGCUUGAAUUGGACGAAAUGAAACUAUAUGCCGCAGGACUGGCGUUGUUGGAGCAGAAUCUCCACACGCUAGAUUCCCAAGGAAUGUUCGAGGCUCCCAAUACGCUGAGAAAUAUCAUGAUGGCGACACGUGAUCCCCUGGAAUGGCACUUUAAACAACUGGACCAUUAUGUGGGUCUGUCUUUCACGUUCCAUUUCCAUUUCGCUCUGGUUGGCCAUUUGGCAAAGGGCUACCGACAUCCAUCCGCUACGACAGUCUCACGAACCACUCGCGUCCUGAAUACUCUCCUAACCAUUGUCGCAAAGCCCCACAAGCGGGACAAGUUCGAAGUGACCGCCGAAUCCGUGGCCUACCUUUGCGCGCUGGUCGCAGUUUCCGGAGAAGUGCGAUCCCGUUGUCAUCUCAAACAUCGGACAACCCCAGCCAUAACGAUGAACCGACCGGCCGAAUCCGGUGCCACGAGUCCAGUGAACCCGGUUUCACCGAAGAAGGAGAACCCGAAUCUCCUAUCGAAGUGUGUCUCUGCAGGACAGACGCAAACGAAGUCAUUCGACACUGCGAUGGACGGUGUGUCUGGGAGCAAUCAGCGAAUGGUCCUCCGGUCGAGCUCGGCACCAUCGACGGCUCAGGGUCAGAAGCUGCGGGAACACUCGAUGGACGAGGGUCCGUCCACGUCGGGAUUCCAUAAUCAAACGCUAUCUGCACAUGCCCAGCAGGUUUUCUCCCCUCAACAGCUGCCCGUAGCUUCAGCUCCACCAGCUCUGAAGGACUGUCACACGUCGGAGCACGUGGCCUCGCCGCAGCCGACGGCUCCACCGGUUCCGGAUACACCUGUCGAAGCCAGUCGUGUAUCGAUCUCGAACGAAGACAAUGUCCUGUUGGAUCCCGAGGUCCUGGUAGAAUUUUCUCAACAGGCAUUAGCAUUGACGAUUCUAGCAACACUCGUCAGAUGCACAACCGAUGAAAACGAGGCACGCAUUCUCUACGAAUAUCUUGCUGAAGCCUCCGUCGUUUUUCCCAAAGUGUUCCCUGUAAUCAUUCCACUCCUUGAUGGGAAAAUCAAUAGUGUUGUUUCUAUGGGCUAUGACCAAAUAAUCCUCUCGGCCGUGCAAUGCAUAAUCAAAAACAUGGUGGUAUUCUGUGAGGAACAGUACCAGAAUCAAAUGCAUCUAUACCUGCAAAGCAUUGGCUUUGGUGGGCUGUGGCGAUUCGCCGGACCCUUUGAAACGACGAAACUCAAUGCUGCGAAUACUCAAACUCAACCGGCUUCAUUCGACAGCGUCGACUUAUUCGUCAAUGCCCUCGAGGCUAUGGUGGACACAUGCAUAAGUGAUGAGGAAUCUGAACCAGGCAAUGGCGAAAUACUCCAGCACUAUCCAUCGUCAUUGUCAGUGGCGUCAACCAUAAAUCUUUCGUCUUCGAUGUCUAGCCUAGCCUUGGGAUCUCCGACGGAAAAGGAAAUGGCCGCUGCGACCACGUCGAACGCAUCGGCAUCCACAAGCGGUGAAACUUCUCGAGGCCAUCCUCAACUCCCACGGCAACGGUCACUGCGCGCCUCCCAGUCCAAACAGCAGAGGACGCCCCAAGGAGAAUAG